AUGAUUCACGGUCCUAAUUCCCAAUUUUCAGGUGCAUUUACAAUAGGUAAACGAUAUGAAUGUAAUUAUUCCCUCUAAAACUUUUAGCUGCAAUAUACUAAACUAAUCCAAAUCCAGGGUAAUGUAUGCUAUUGACAUAGUCCAAAUCACUAUACUAUUAAUCCAAUUGAUAAACCUAUAGGAUUUAGAUUUUCUAAAUCAAAUAGAAAACCUUUAUAUUCAAAAAGUAUAGCACCAGAUCCUGGAGCAUAUGAUCUUAAAUUUAAAGUUUACAGAAAUAUAACUUAAUUAGACAAUCUGUCAAAAUGUUCCAUGUGCUGUUUUUACAACUGCCAAAGAUCAUUAAUAAAGAGGAUUAGAAAUUGGUCCGGGAUCUUAUAAUUGGACUGAUUAAAAAAAAGCACCAGCUUUUACUUUUCAAAGUAAAUUCGAUUCUAUUGGUAAUCAAAUAAUAUAAAAUCCUGGUCCUGGUACUUAUGACAUUAAACAUUAUCAUACUCAUUAACCUCAAAACAAGGGUUUAUCUACAAGUAAAAGGGUUAAUCAUUUAACAUCAAGUUCACCAGGACCAGGAGCAUAUGAAGUUGAAAUCCCUAGAUUCUCUACAAGCAUAAAGUAUUAGUUAAUUUCUAAAAGAUUUCCAAAAUCUUAAAGAAGUCUAGAUGUAAGUUAAAUUGGACCUGGCCCAGGAGCAUUUGAUUUGACAAUUCCUAAAUAAUAAGGGAUAACAUUUGGAGUCAAAGGAAAUCAAUAAAUAGAAAAAUCAAAUAUUCCUGGACCAGGUAGUUACAAAUUAAAAUCAUUUGUUGAAUAUGAUGAAAGAGAAUAAAAAUAAAAUAAAAUGAAAGGUGUUAAGUAAUAAUAAUUUACUCAAAAUAGAAUUGGUACUUCAGUGAGAAAUAGUGAAAAUUUACUUAAACAAGGACCAUCUCCAUUAGAUUACGACGUUUCUAAAUACAAACAUCCGACAAGACAUGCUAGGUAAAUGAAAUUACAAUUAUUUAAGUUUUGGAAAUGCAGUCAGAUCAUCAAUAAUUUAAAAUGAUAAAACUCCAGGUCCUGGAGCAUAUAAGAUUGAUUCUAAACUUAGAAGAAAUGGCCCAAUAAUUCCUAAAGCAUAAAAAGAAUUUAAUCAUUUAGAAUAUAUUCCUGUAAAUUUCUAAAUUCAAAAUUUAGGGUCCAGGAAAGUACAAUCCUAAUACAUCAUUAUCAUCAAAUAAAGGACCUAGUUAUCAUAUAGCUGGCAAAUAUGACAAACCAUUAGAAAGUAGUUUAGUUGGACCUGGAAGAUAUAAUAUAGAAAGGAAUAUUAACGAUGGUCCAAAAUAUACAUUUCCAGCCCUAGAAAAAAGUAUGGAUAACAAAUCACUAGACAUAAAUCAGUAUAUUUUCUUAAGAUUUAUUAAUAUAGAUCACAUUGCUACGAAAUCUAAUAAACUAUUGGGUAUAUACCUCCAUACAACUUACAUAAUUGAAUAAAAUCAAAACGGAU